AGGUGGAUUCCCACCACUCCGGCGGCUGCGCGUGGGCUUCAUUGGAUGCAGUGAGAGAGUUCCGUAUAAAAACCUCCCGCAUCCUCCUCUGCCUCUGACACUCUCUGUUUGAAUGGUACAGUGUCCUCUUCUCCUCCUCCUGUUUUUUUUUCUCGGAAACAUUUUCCCGCAGUAGAAAUUCAAAUUCCCGUCUAUGGUUUUGACGCAAGCUUCCAAAAUGUCUCGGACCGACGAGGUGCACCGUAUAACGGAGAAUGUUUAUAAGUCCAUCAUGGAGCAGUUCAACCCUUGCUUGAAGAAUUUUGUUGCCAUGGGGAAGACCUAUGAGAAGGCUCUCUCCAGUGUGACAUUUGCAGCCAAAGGCUACUUCGACGCACUGGUGCGGAUGGGAGAGCUGGCCAGCGAGAGUCACGGCUCUAAGGACGUUGGGGAUGUGCUCUUUCAGAUGGCUGAGGUUCACAGACAGAUCCAGAUGCAGCUGGAGGACAUGCUGAAAUCGUUCCACAAUGAACUACUCACAGAACUGGAGAAAAAAGUGGAAUUGGAUGUGCGCUACCUAAAUGCAGCUUUGAAGAAAUAUCAGAUGGAACACAAAAGUAAAGGAGAGAGUCUGGAGAAGUGCCAGGCUGAACUGAAGAAAUUACGCAGGAAAAGUCAAGGCAGCAAAAACCCCUCCAAAUAUGGAGACAAGGAGAUGCAGUAUGUGGAGACCAUCAGCAGUAAACAAAAUGAGCUGGAUAACUACAUCACAGACACCUACAAGAACGCUCUAUCAGAAGAAAGGAGGAGGUAUUGCUUUCUGGUUGACCGACAGUGUGCCAUGGCCAAAAACAGCAACGUUUUCUACACAAAGGGCAGAGAUUUGCUGACACAGAAGAUCCCAUUAUGGCAACAAGCAUGCGUCGACCCAAAUAAACUCCCGGAUCGAGCAAUGCUCCUGGCCAAGCAGAUGGGCUCAGGAGCUGGUGGGACUCUGGGGGCCAGUUCCAAUCACACCUCUAAAUCUAACCUGACCAUCUCCGACUCAAUCCCUGGAGCCAAACCACUUCCUGUGCCAAACCAACAGAUGAGGAUGAUGGGAGCAGAAAGUGUGCCCAUGGUGAAUGGCUCAGCAGGGGUUCAUGGAGGAGAAGACUACCACCACUGGAUGGAGACCAGAGCCGCACACGAGAAAUCUUCCGCACAGACCCACAGAUGCGGGGGAGAGGCCUACUCCAACACCCUGCCUGUCCGCAAGGUGGCUCCUGCCAAGCCCAAAAACACUCUAGAGACCCAGACCCUGCCCAGGUCUAGCUCAAUGACAGCCGGGCUGGAGAGAAACGGGCGGACACGUGUUCAGGCGCUCUUCUCGCACAUCGCCGGUGACAACAGCACCCUCCUCAGCUUUACAGAAGGAGACAUCAUCACACUGCUGGUACCUGAGGCCAGAGAUGGCUGGCACUAUGGAGAAAAUGAGAAGAACAGGAUGCGAGGCUGGUUUCCGUUUUCCUACACUCGUGUGAUUCCUGAAGCAGACAGCAAUAAACUCCAUGUCAGUUUGCAGCAAAGCAGGAGCAGCAGCACAGGAAAUCUUCUGGAAAGAGAGAUAGCUUCACCAACACCUGACUACGGCAUGACUGCCCGUUUCCUCACCCAGCAGCAGAGCGCGCCACACAGCCGACAGAGACCAUACAGCACGGCAGUGCCAGGAUUCUCACAACAAGGGUUGGAGAAUUACGAGUCUCGUUACCAAACCAGCAUCUCCCUCUCUUUGUUUCACAGUGCGGAGGGCAAAUUGAUUUCGACAGUGUGAGAGGACAGACAGACAGACAGACACCACCCUCUCCUCUCUCCACACUUACUCCCAUGUCUACCUUUAUCUCUCAACAAUCCAUCUCCCUUCACUCCACCCACUGAGGAUGAAGAUAUAUAUAUCCACCCCUCCAUCCUAAAUCCCUUAUUUUUUCCUUUUGGAAGCAGCCUGGAGAUCGUGACAGAUACACUAAUGGAACUGUAAUGCUGAGUAUUCCAUGUUGACAUUCCUCAGUAUACGCUCCUUUCAUGAUAAUGUUGAGUUGAUUUUCAAUAGAAGUAUUAAAAUGGACUUCUUUGAGGAAUUGUCUAUACAGUAUGUAUCCCUUGCUUGUCUUUCAUGCAUGUACUGUACAUGUCGGCAAUGUAUAAACUAAAUGCAUCACUUUUGCCAGCUGGCGUGUUAAUAAGUUUACAUUUGGUGUUGCAACACUAUUUGUGGCCGGUGGGUUUAUCCCAAAAACAAUCAUGUUAAUAACUAAAACUAUACUUUGAGGAAUGUGAGCAUAUUAAAAAUGUACCAAAUUAUUCAUCCGGUGUUUUUGAAUUAAUUGAUGCCUUUUACAUUUUACAAUUGAAUGAAUUCAAUGUAAUUAUUUACAUUUUUUAUAUUUCAUUGUUUACAUUGCUGAUGUAAAGGGAAUUCAGUGGUCUCAUAAUAUAUAAUUUGGAUAUAAUUUAGGUUUUUACCUUUAAUUUAGGUUUUGUAUUCUAAAUGCAUUGUGUUGAUUAAAACAGACAUUUACAUUUUUCUCUGAUUUACAUGAGGCCGCCGUACUGUAUUUGACCUUGUGUCUCAGGUGAAGACUGUUGUGUGUUCUGAAAGCCACAAGUUGAAUUGGAACAAACUCUUUGAAUUGCAACUAAAAGGAAAAAAAAAAACGUGAAAAAAGAUGGUUGUUUCUAGAACUCUAGCAAUAGUGAUGUAGAUGUAUGGUUCAUGCAUAAAAGAAAAGACAACUGGUGCCUACAUAUCCAUGUCCAAAUAGCAACCACAAGCAAAAUGUUUUGCUUUUAUAAAAUGGUGGUAACAGCAAUAUGGUUAAAGACAUACAUUUUUUAUGAAUACUUAUGAAUAAAUGAAUCAUUAUAAUUGAUUGCAGAUCAUCCAAUCAGAAUUUAGAGUUGGAACUUUCCAUUUUAUAAUCACAGGUUUAAAGAUAUGAACUGCUAAACUACUCUCAGUGUACUCUCCGUGUUACUGACUAGUGUACACUAGAUGAUCUAGAGUAGUUCCUGCUAUACAUCCAUAUUCAUAAUAUGCCAAGACUUCAUAUAAUCCAAACUCUAUAUGAGCCAGUGCCUUGUACAUUGCAAAUUACAUUUGUAAAUACCAAACAUUUGUUAAAAAACUGUGGAAUUGUAUUGAUGUAAUCAUGAGUGUCCAUGACUUUUUUUAUUUGUUCAACAAGAUCCCUGUACAGUAAAACAUUACAGCCUUUUAUUUAAAAGACGGGUAAAUACCGGCAGUAAUCAACUUUGAUAACAUCCAUCUUUUUUCAUUAUGUUAGCAUGAUAUUUACUUGCUUUUAAUACACUUACACAACACUUGUUUGUUUUUUAACCUUUUUCACAGGAGGGAAAGCUGAAACCAUACUACCAUUGUUGUAAUGAAAAGGAACUGUUGAAAUGAAUAAAGGAACUGAAAUUGCCUUUUUAUAAAAAUAAAUACUUAUGAUUAAGUCACAUAUAAGAGGUGAUAGUGUUGAUGUUUGACACUUUGUGAUAGAAAUACUACCUUGCUUGUCUCCUCUUAGUCAGUGAUCAUGAUUGUUUAAAGGUUCUUACCAUUUUCUCAGUGUUGUGUCUGACAAGAUGUUUUACUGAAGGUGAUGCACAGCUGAAUAAAAUGCACCUUCAUUAUUACCACAAAGUAUGAUGCACAAAUUGUACAUUUAUUUUGUAACAAAGGUGUUAUUACUUUCACAUUUGUUUUCAGCUUAAAAUAAUAGUUCACUCAACAAAUGAAAAUUCUGUCAUUAUUUACUCAAAUGCACAAAACAGCACAACUUUCUGUGCAACACAAAGGGAGACAAUUUGACACCAUAUUCAGUGAAUCAGUCAGAUAAUAAGCAGAUUUUCUGUGGCAUUACAUUUAAAAUUGUGAGUUUAUGAACAAUAGUGCACUGAUAACGAUAAAACGUCUGCUCAUACACAAAAUCCUAUAACACAAGAAAAUCGUGCUUACAUUUGAAAUGAUCGCGAUUUUCGGCGAUUGUCAUUUUAAAAUGCAAACAGGCAUGCACACCACAAACACACACACUGAAUAAGCUGCCAGAGUGCCGGUUUAUGUGUGCUGAUUCCUUUUUGAUUAACAAUAGUUUUUGGCCUUACCACAAUAAGAGAAAACCGUUUUGGCAUUUAUGUGACCUUGCGUUGUCGGGUUAUUACGCAUAAUAAUCAGUGUAACAUUGUAGGACAUGUUAACAUGCUCAUUGUCUGACUUGGGACAGGGCCGGUACUAGUAUGCAAUAUUUGGAGGGGCAUUUUGAACUUUAGGGUGGGCUGAAUGUUCUCUUUUUGGCCAACAGGCGGGCCACAUAGAAAAUAGGGAGGCAAUGACCCCCCCAGCCCUUUCAAAGACCCGGGCAUGAUUCAGGAGUGAAUCGUUUAUUUGGGUUGAAACUUUUUAAUGAAUACUGGCUGGGUUCAGAAUGACAUAUGGUUAAAUAGUAGGCGUAAGAGUUGUAUGAUAUUAUACUAUACCAUUCAGAACUCAGCAACUGAUCUGGUUCCGGCUCGAUGAUCCAGUCGAGCUUGGAGCAACAUGAGGGAUGUGUUAAUCAUGAUAAAAACAUUCAUUUUUGGGUGAACUAUUCCUCCUCAAAACCAGACCCAAACUGUGUCUAUCCUCCUGCACUUUUGCUCUCCGUUUGUCUUUGUCUGUGUAACUAAACCAGCGUCUUGCCAUAGCUCUGCCAACACUUUCCAUCCCUGUUUUGAUGAAUUUAGAGACAAAAGCAGUAAGAUGGCAAGGACUGGAAGCCAGUGCCAAUGUUUCUUCUUUCUUCACUAGAGUAAGGCCGAGAUACGGCUGCCACUCUCACUGACCCUGGGUAGCUCAGAGAAACACAUUUUUGUCCAUUAAACAAAUCAAAUAAAACUCUUCUGGAAUUCCCGCUUUUGGUUGUAAAAGAGAGCAAGUACAACAAUAACAGACAAGUAUAUACUCUAACAUUGCAUGUAUUUUGGGGGGACACCAAAACAGUGUAAUAUUGCUAAAUGACCAUGUAUGGAGGCUUUUUACUCUUGAAAAUUCUUAAUAAAAGUUUCUUCUAGUUAUCUUGAACCUUGUUUUUUUUUUUAUUUAAAUGGCCCUCACUUCUAAAUUGAUUUCCUUCUUAAACACAAUGUUUAUUUGACAAGAUGUCUUUAUUCUUGCCCCAAUA